CCGCGGGCGCCCCCGCGGCCCAUGGAGGCCUACGCCAUCUUCCUGAAGACGGCCUACGCGUGGACGUCCGAGCGCCUCAAGAAGGACGGCAAGGGCGACCUCGACGUCCUCGAGGCCAUCGCGGGCGAGUGGGCGUCGCUGCCGCCGUCGGAGCUCGCGGCGUACCGGCGCAUCGCCGCGGGCGAGCGCGAGCGCUACGAGCGCGAGAUGGCCCUCUUCGACGGCCCCGCGCUGCUCGCGCCUGCCGCGGCGCCGGGCCCCGGCUCGCGGAGGCCGCGCGUGAAGCGGCACCGCACGCGGAAGGACCCGAACGCGCCCAAGCGCGGCGCGUCGGCCUUCCUGCUCUUCGCGAACGCGAACCGGACCGCGCUCCGCGACGCCCACCCGGACAAGCACAACGUCGAGAUCUCGAAGAUGCUCGGCGCGAUCUGGAAGAGCUGCGACGAGUCGACGCGCAAGCCCUACCUCGACGCCGAGGCCGCGGCCAAGUCCAAGUUCGAGGACGACAUGGCGAAGUACCGC